AUGGCGGCGGCGGCGCUGCGGGGAGGCUGGUGCCGCUGCCCGCGGAGAUGCCUCAGGAAUGGAGUCCAGUUUCUUCCUAACCACAACCUAGUGCCCCUACCCCAUGGUUCAAGUUAUCAGAUAUGCCGACCAGGUGGAGAACUGCCCCUGUCCAAAUCCUAUUCUUCUGGCAGCAGAAAAGGCUUCCUGUCCGGCUUGCUAGAUAAUAUCAAACAGGAGUUAGCCAAAAACAAAGAAAUGAAAGAAAGUAUAAAAAAAUUCCGAGACGAGGCCAAGAAGCUGGAAGAGUCUGAUGCGCUCCAGGAAGCCCGAAGGAAAUACAAAACUAUCGAAUCUGAAACUGUCCGGACCAGUGAAGUGAUCAGGAAGAAGCUUGGGGAACUCACAGGCACAGUGAAGGAGAGUCUUGAUGAAGUCAGUAAAAGUGACUUUGGCCGGAAAAUCAAGGAAGGUGUGGAAGAAGCAGCCAAGACAGCUAAGCAGUCAGCUGAGUCGGUGUCCAAGGGCGGGGAGAAGUUGGGCAGGACUGCAGCCUUCAAAGCCCUUUCGCAGGGCGUGGAGUCCGUGAGGAAGGAGAUCGAUGAGAGUGUCCUGGGGCAGACGGGCCCCUACCGGAGGCCUGAGCGGCUCAGGAAAAGGACGGAGUUUGCAGGCGAGAAGAUCAAGGAAGAUAAAGUGUUUGAGCCCAAUGAGGAGGCCCUGGGUGUCGUUCUCCACAAAGACUCCAGGUGGUACCAGCAGUGGAAGGACUUUAAGGACAACAACGUGGUCCUUAAUCGCUUCUUCGAGAUGAAGAUGAGGUAUGACGAGAGUGACAACGCGUUCAUCCGUGCAUCCCGGGCACUCACUGACAAGGUCACAGACCUGCUGGGGGGCCUGUUCUCCAAGACGGAGAUGUCGGAGGUGCUCACAGAGAUCCUGCGAGUGGACCCCGCCUUCGACAAGGACCGCUUCCUGCAGCAGUGCGAGGACGACAUCAUCCCCAACGUCCUGGAGGCUAUGAUUGCUGGAGAGCUUGACAUUCUCAGAGACUGGUGCUAUGAAGCCACCUACAGCCAGCUGGCCCACCCGAUCCAGCAGGCCAAGGCCCUGGGCCUCCAGUUCCACUCCCGCAUCUUGGACAUUGACAACAUUGAUCUGGCCAUGGGCAAGAUGAUGGAGCAGGGACCUGUGUUGAUCAUCACCUUCCAGGCCCAGCUGGUGAUGGUGAUCAAGAACCCCAAGGGCGAGGUGGUUGAGGGCGACCCGGACAAGGUGCUGCGAAUGCUGUACGUGUGGGCGCUUUGUCGGGACCAGGAUGAGCUGAACCCCUACGCUGCCUGGCGGCUCCUGGACAUCUCUGCCUCUAGCACAGAGCAGAUCCUCUGA